AUCAAAAGGCAGAAAGCACGCCGUACCAUGCGAGCUAAAUUGGUGACCGAUGGGAUCGAGGAUGUCGGAUUAAUGGUGACUACCGCAGCCCGUUUUCGCAGAGGAAGCUUCUCUAUUGCAACUUGGGCGCAGAGGGUCCGCGGGGAAACAUGGCCGAAGGAGGGCCGGGUAAAGGUGGCGGAGAAGACCCCGCCAAGUCCACCGAGGAGCAGGAGGACCGGACUCGACCUCAGAUCCUGUCGGGAUCAGGCUUCUGCAAAUGGUUCAACGUCCGAAUGGGCUUUGGAUUUAUCUCAAUGACCAGCAGUGAAGGGAGCCCCAUCGACCCUCCUCUGGAUGUUUUCGUCCACCAAAGCAAACUGGUGAUGGAGGGCUUCCGCAGCUUGAAGGAGGGUGAGCAGGUGGAGUUCACCUAUAAAAAGUCCUCUAAGGGCCUGGAGUCCCUGCGGGUGACCGGACCUGGUGGGGGACCCUGUGCAGGCAGCGAGAGGAGACCCAAAGGGAAGGUCCCACUCCAAAAACGCAAACCAAAGGGAGACCGCUGUUAUAACUGUGGAGGUCUGGAUCACCAUGCCAAGGAGUGUGGCCUGCCCCCCCAGCCAAAGAAAUGCCACUACUGCCAGAGCAUCAUGCACAUGGUGGCUCAGUGUCCCCACAAGGCGCUGGCGCCCGCCACAGGCUCUCAGGACCAACAUGCGUCUACCUCGGCCUCCAGCCCAGGGACCGGGCCCUACCUCUGUCCCCCAGAGGAGGAGGAGCGCUCCGGCUCGUCUCCCCUGGAAGGCUCCUCUUCUUCCCCUGAGGAGCCACACUCACAUCGCGGCCCCCGGACCCAGAGGUGGAGGAAAUCCUGA